AUCACUGCCGGUCGAUGCCUGCGUGCAUCCCUUAGGCUGCCUCAGAGUUCAGACAUCUUGACUCUGAAGUGCCUUUUGCUGCCCCUUGGAGCCAGUGGAGACCUGAGAGAUUUUGAAGAACUUCUCUGUAAACUUUCAAAACACUAACAGCUCAAGUGAGCAAGGAAGUCAGUCUUUGUGUGGACCGGAAACAGGGAGUGGCUUUAGAUGCCUCCUCACUGGCAAGGGCAGCAUCUGCACUGCAACAGGCUAGUCCUCGCACUCAGCAUCCCUCUCCGUACCGCCUUGUCCUACCUUUUUUAUGAUGGCCAGGAUGAGAUGUCUGCUACUGCUGGGGCUGUUUCUGAGGGUGGCAGUCUGCAGUGUAAGCAACACAACCCAGUGUGAUAAGGAUGAGUUCAAACAUGAGCACCUCUGCUGCCAAUACUGUUCUGCUGGCACUUACCUCAUUAAUCCAUGCCAGAAGAACCAUGGUACGAGUGAAUGUGCCCCAUGUGAUUCUAAACACUUCAUAGAUCACAAAAACAGAGAACCCGAGUGCUUUCCCUGCUCUGUGUGCCGGGACGACCAAGAGGAAGUGGCCACAUGUUCCAGUACGACUGAUCGUAAGUGCCAGUGUAAGCAGGGCACCUACUGUGACUCCGAAAACUGUUUGGAGAAGUGCCAUACAUGCAGCAGCUGUCCUGACAGCAAAGUUAUCAGGAAGUGCAAUGCCACAACGGACACGGUGUGUGACACAUUUGACUCAAAGCCAGUACUGUCAGGGCACCCACAUUUCUGCUUCCCUGAGUCUCUGAAUAAUGUGGUUAUCACAGCUGCUGUCAUCACCGUCAUAGCUGCUGUCAUCGCCGUCAUAGCUGCUGUCAUCACCGUCAUUCGCAAGAUCAUUUGCCAUUAUCGUAAAAAAGACAAAGGAGCCCAAAAUAGUGUCACCGGCGUCAACUCAGCCUCCACUGAGCUAUGAAGUUCUGGAAAGUAAGAAGACAGCACUCCAGAAGCUCACAGCAUUUAAGGAAGUUGAGAUGUCUUGAGUGUGGAUGUUGAGGAAGCAAUGGACAAUGGCAAGCUCAACACUAUUGUUUCUGAACUAGAAACUGAUCUUGCAGGAAUGUAUUUGCAAACUGUGACAAUUUAGCUGCUAAAGCUUCACCUUCAAACUCGAGUCAAGUGUCCUUUGGGACAGGAAUGGAACAUUCCAAACAGCCCAGCUUCAUUUGGUGCGGACACUCAUCCAUGGCAUGCUCUACGGACCCCGAUGUGAUGUGCCUUUCUCUCUUGGGAAGCUCAGCAGCUCUGUGUGCAGCCAGAGGGCUUCCCUCCUUGAAGCCUGUCAUGGCUGGCCUCAGAGACAGGAGGUUUUGUGCUGUAAACUUGUAAGCUAGAGCCAGUUUAGGCUCAUGGUGCUCAGAAUGUCUUCCUAGAAGCCAAGGAUGGAAGGACCCAAAAAUGGUUUCCUUUGUGCCCACAUCAGGGUGUGGCCCAGACAAGGUGCUUUGUUGUAUAUAUAAACUCAUAACAUAGACCCCUGGCAGGCCAGCCUGAGCAACUGUGGAUUUUGUCACACCAGGUACUGGGAAUAGUGUCUGUAUUUUAGGCUCUCCACCCCCCAGGUAUCUAAGAACUAGCCUUAGUCUUUAUUCCUUUCAAACUUCAGUGAACAGGUGUAGGUGUGAAUGAGAAUUUCUCAGAAGAAGCUAUGUCUACAUAGGUUAAUCAAUUAAUUAAUUUAUUUUUUUAUUUUUAUUUUUAUUUUUUAUUUUUUUUUUUUUGAGAUAGGGUUUCUAUGUGUAGCCUUGGCUGUCCUGGAUCUCCCUUUGUAGACCAGGCUGGUCUGGAGCUCACAGAGACCCACCUGCCUCUACCUCCUGAGUGCUGGGAUUAAAAGCAUAUGCCAUCACUUCCUGGCUUAUAAUUUUAAUGAUACAGGGAGGCUUGACUUAGGCUGUUCCAACCUAGAACAUAGCAAUGUCUUGCCUCCCGCUGGGUCAGAACUAACAUCCUGUAUAGGGCACAAGGUCCUUGUGCUCACAGAGAAGUACAUCAGAAACCAGGAAUGUUAAUAAACACACAGGGUUGUCUUCUCAACAGGGAAGCUGUAGAUGUGUUUUCCACCCAGAUGUCUGGGGAUGGAUGUAGCUAACAUCCUGAUGAUCCGUGCUAUCUAUAGACCCAGGUCACACUUGAAUCUCCCAGAUUAUGUCUUUGUUUAUCCCAGACUCUUCCUCCAUAGGCAUUUUUCUUGAGCAUUGUUGCUCAAUAAAUCCCGUCCUUACAGGAAAUGUCACUUGUACAUUGCAACAACCCAGGGGACCUCUGUGCUAUCUGUAGGGCCAGGCCACUCCUGCUUGCCACAGAUUUUUGUGUGUUCAUCCCUGACUCUUUCUCCUAGACUUGUAUCUCCAGCCUUGUUUGUGAAUAAAUAGACCUCUGCCUCUGUCAGACCUAUCUUGUUUUGGUUGGUUGGUCGAUUGGUUGGUUUUUUUUUGGUGACGCCCUGGAUGUCCUGGAAAUCACUCUGUAGACCAGGCUGGCCUCAAAUUCAGAAAUCCGCCUGUCUCUGCCUCCUGAGUGCUGGGAUUGAAGGCAUGCAUCGCCAUGCCGAGCUAACAAAACACAUCUUUAUGGAAGAGGCCGUAAGUUCUUUGUAAAGUGUGUCAAUGUAAACACAUCUUUAGUUUUAUAGUACAUGAGCAAUAGAACUAAUUAUCAUCAAAAAGCUUUUCCCAAAAAAUUAUGCUGUGCCUAAAUACAGCUAAAGUAAACUGCUGGAGUCAGACUCUAGAACUUUGAACUAGCACAGACUAAGUUAUGUUGAACUGGAUUUCCUGCCUCAAGUGGAUCAUUACACUGGCAGCCUUAGUGUUUGUAUAGAUCCCCAAACAUCCUGACAACAGAUAGAAACAACAAACCAACCAACACUAUAGAACUACUCACUUGGUAAAGCUCUAUUCUCCACCAGUCCAAGUGCUGUGAAUGGUGUCAUAGCUCAGGUUAUCACUGUGCUGGUCUGUGUCUGAUGUGACACUUACCUCUUCCACUGGUAUAUCUGAAGAAUGCCUUACUUUAUAACUUUUUGUUCUGUUCUACCAAACUCCACGGAGCCAUGAGAUUGAGGUACAUAAACCUAUGUUUCUAGGACCACGGUCACUCAAAUUUGGGUAUGGAAUAAAGAAUUUCUAAUUCCCUUUGAAAGCUGUGCUUUUGCCUCUACUUCAGGACUAGGGAUGAUGACAAUCCCUAAGACCUGCUUAUGUGCUUUGAGCUUUUUGAAAUAUUCCUGUUCCCAAGGCGGUGCGUCUGCCCAACGUUGUACAAUAUCACAAUAUGUGCUUUGAUCAUUUCCUUUUUCUUUACAUAAUACAAUUGUUAACUCUUUAAAUUAAAAAAUAUUUUACUUGAUAUGUA